AUUUGGAAGCCCGGGCUUGGUUGUUUCGGAGACCCACAUCUUGUCUCACAAGCCAUGCUUGCUAACCUCACCUCACUGCUCGGCUGAAUUUAGAAGCAUUUUACCGCGGUGCAUGUGAAGUCGAUUCUAUUGCGCUUAUGGGAGUUUGGAUCCGUGAUUAGAAUGGCCUCGACAUUAUUGAGUAUGUGGGAAUUAAUCUGAGUGUUUCGUUCUGUGGAUCGUUGGGUUCGUGGAGAAGUUUGUGGGUUGGGGGUUUGAGUGGCAGUGUAGUUUUUGGGCUUUUUGGGUUUCAUGGAACGCAGAGCGGUUGCUGCCUUUUUGCUGGGUUGUUGAGGAUGAUCCGCAGUGGUGAGCGUGGGUUGGGGAGCUGCUCAUGGGAGUUGUGAAGCUGAUGGUAGAAGUUUGGUUGUAAGCAUUUUGGGUGAGGUUUACGUGUAUUGGGCGGAGACACUUGCGGGAUUGAAAAGGAAUAGUAGAGGUGCGGAGUGGUUUCGCGGAGAUGCAAUCAAUUAAAAGCUGGGUACACCCUGUGGGCAUGUCUGGAGGUUUGUCUUGGGCUGGUGGGUCUAUUCAAGCUGCUUCGAACCCGCGCAGUUUUUUUUUCCGGCAGAGUGGAAUAUGUGGGUUUUUGCGCAGUGGAUUUGUUGCAAUUGGGUACCAGUGCCUUCGCCGUGGACCAAGAACGCUGCACUUCUCGUCGGUGCAAUCACGCGCGUGCAUAGAAGCUCGCGUGUUGUCACCUGCUCAGGAGUGGGUGGGUUUGCCGGAAUGGCGAACUAAUCCUGUGAACGAACUUCGUCUUUGGGGGAAGCGAGGUCCUACAUCUUCCAGGAAUGAAUGGGAGGACAUAACCAAAUUGGCUGCGAAGACAGCAAAUGCCGGUCAAGUUUUACAAUUGCAUCGGGAGAAGCUGGAAAAUUCGGAAGCAAAGGUUGAUGGAUUAAAUUCUGAGAAGAGAGAUUUAUCUCUUGCGGAGUGGGGCGCAAUUGUGCUUGGUACUGCGGACCCUGUUGAGAAGGCUGUGUUUACCCACCACGCGUAUCGUCUUUGGUGCAAUGGCGAGCUCCCAUUGGGGGUUGCGGAAGCUCCUGAUUCCCCUGCGCGCCCUAAUAAGCCUGAGCUGGUUCACCCGAGAAAAAUUCCUCCUCCUUCAGGCACAAUCCUUACGCCAAGCGCGCAUGCUCUGCACAACUUGGCGCAUAUAGAAUUGAAUGCUAUUGAUCUAGCUUGGGAUACCGUCGUCAGAUUUUCUGGCGCUAGUGAAGAGCUCGAUCGACAAUUUUUUGCAGACUUCGUACAUGUGGCGGACGACGAGAGUCGUCAUUUUCUCUGGUGCUCUCAACGGCUUGCUGAAAUGGGGUUUAGCUAUGGUGAUAUGCCAGCACAUAAUCUCCUGAUGGUAGAUUGUCAAAGGACCUCAGGAAGUGUAAUGUCAAGACUUGCAAUCAUCCCAAUGAUGCAGGAAGCGCGUGGAUUAGAUGCUGGCCCGAGGCUAUUCGACAGGCUGAUGGGAAAUGGUGACACCCGAAGUGCUAGUAUCACCAAGCGCAUUGCGGAAGAAGAAGUUGGUCAUGUUGCAGUUGGUGUGGCUUGGUUUAUAGAUGUUUGCAGACGGCUUGGAUUGAAUCCAGCGGAUCGAUUUCAAGGGUUACUGAAGGAGGAUGAUUUGGAACUGAGAGGGCCAUUCAAUCACUCGGCACGUAUACUAGCUGGGCUGCCACGAGACUGGUAUGAUUCGUCCUUCGACCCAGAUUCUCCUCCCGAGGAUUUUGUUCCAGUCAAUCCAGUAGGCUCCAAGGGAGUAAGAAGGAAUAGAGUGCAAGUAAUUAAAAAAAAGCAGGUGCUAUCUCCAAAUGAACGCCGUGAAGAUGGAGAGUCGAUCACUGAUUCCAGUGAAAAUGUUUGUUCUCGAAUGUCAGAGGUCUAUGGCCGACUAGCUAUGGUAGUCGCUAUGGAACAAGACAAUGCUGAAACUUGAAGCUGGACCUAUCCCUGAACUCGAAAUUAUUUGAUUUAUGUCCCGAAUAUGUACAACAAUGUGAAGCAGUUCAGCAUCAAUAUCCGCAGGAUAAUGGAUGCUGAGUACAAGACCAUUUUAAGAACAGGAUGGCUGCCAUUUUUGGGAUCCUCCUAAGUCGGCGCAUAUUAGCAGUUGGCAUUACUCAAAUCAUAUCUGUAAAACCAUUUCAUUUCAUUGUGCAGAUGUUUAGUUUUUCCACAACUCCUGAAAACUCUGUUGGAACCACUUGUGUCCACCAAUGUUUCUGAUGAAAAUUUCGGAAUGCUCUUCUGUUAACCUUGAUGAAACAUUCGCAAAAUGACUACGUUCUAUCCCAGCUAAGCCACAUUGUUUGCUUCCCCGAUUCUAUGACAAUGUAGGGCGAACUCAAGGCUGUUUAGGAUAUCAAGUGUUAAAAUCUAUGUUCUUGCUAAAUCACUUCAAUAAAAAAAACUCUCUUCACUCA